UUCAAAUAUUCGAGAACAUCUAUUUUCAGAAAAAAAAAAAGAAAGAAACCCAGGACAUCUAACAUCUAAAUAUUCAGCCAAAUUAGGGUUAGGGUUAAGGAUUUUCCCCAAUUUCACCUCAGACAUUCGGAGAGAGAAGAGAGAGAAUGGCGAAGGAGGAGUUUAGGAUUUACAAUUCGAUGACUCAACAGAAGGAGAUCUUGAAGCCCAACGUCCCUGGUAAGGUCGGAAUGUACGUAUGUGGCGUCACCGCCUAUGAUCUUAGCCACAUCGGCCAUGCCCGAGCUGCUGUCAAUUUCGACGUCCUCUACAGAUAUUUACAGAACAUCGGCUAUGAAGUCACGUAUGUUCGAAAUUUCACAGAUGUUGAUGACAAGAUAAUUAGGCGGGCAAAUGAACUUGGAGAAGAUCCAAUAAGUUUAAGUAAUCGUUAUUGCCAAGAAUACCUCCAUGACAUGGAAGAUCUUCAGUGCCUCCUUCCGACCCAUCAGCCACGUGUAUCUGAUCAUAUGGAACAGAUAAAAGACGUGAUAACUCAGAUCAUCAACAAUGGCUUUGCGUAUCCUGUUGAUGGAGAUGUAUUCUUUGCUGUUGAUAAAUUCCCAAAUUAUGGUCAAUUGUCCGGACAAAGGUUGGAAAAUAAUAGAGCUGGUGAACGAGUAGCUGUUGAUUCAAGAAAGCGUAAUCCAGCUGAUUUUGCAUUGUGGAAGGCUGCAAAGCCUGGUGAGCCUAGUUGGGACAGCCCCUGGGGACCUGGAAGACCUGGGUGGCAUAUUGAAUGCAGUGCUAUGAGUGCCCAUUAUUUAACAUUCAAGUUUGAUAUUCAUGGUGGUGGAAUUGAUUUGAUCUUUCCGCAUCAUGAAAAUGAGAUUGCCCAAAGCUGUGCCGCAUGCCAAGAGAGCGCUGUGAGUUACUGGAUGCAUAAUGGACAUGUUACUAAUAACAAUGAGAAAAUGUCUAAGUCCUUGGGCAAUUUCUUCACCAUUCGCCAGAUAACCGAAAGGUAUCAUCCACUGGCUUUGAGACAUUUCUUGUUAAGUGCACAUUACCGGUCACCUCUCAAUUACACAGUCUCCCAGUUGGAUAGUGCCUCUGAUGCGUUUUAUUACAUAUAUCAGACUUUACAAGACUGUGAAGAUGCAUUAUCGGCAUUUCAAGAAGAGAUCCCGAAGGAGGGAGUGGAACAAAGUGGCAGGACAAUUCAGAUCAAUCCUGUUGAUGCUCGAGAAUGCAUCAGUAAGCUACACACUGAAUUUGAGACUAAAAUGUCUGAUGACAUGAGCACUGCACAUAUGUUGACCGGUGCGUUUCAAGAUGCCUUGAAGUUGAUUAACAGUUCAAUCAACGCAGUUAAGAAGAAGCAACCAAAGAAACAGAAGCAGCAGAAGCAGAAGCAGCAAGAGCAACAGAAUCAAGAAGAGCAAGAGAAGCAACAAAAGCAAUUGAUGAUUCAAUCCCUUGUUGAAGUGAAGCAGGAAGUUAAGAAAGUUCUUAGUAUACUGGGUUUACUAUCCUCAAAUACAUACUCUGAGGUGUUGCAGCAGUUGAAAGACAAGGCUUUGAAGAGAGCAGGUUUGGCUGAGGAUGAUGUGACGCAAUUGAUUGAGGCGAGAACAAUAGCUAGGAAAAACAAAGAUUUUUCAAAGAGUGAUCAAAUCAGAGCCGAUUUGACCGCGAAGGGCAUUGCCCUCAUGGAUCUUGGGAGGGAAACAAUCUGGAGACCUUGUGUUCCGGUGGAACAACAACCUGCAUCGCCCGUCGAACAAGACCAACAGGCAUCGCUGGUAUGAACGCGCUUGUAAACCACUGAAUUUUAUAGGACCCCAUUAGCUAAGGAUUUAAACUGUCCAAACUGCUUAAGAGCUAUUUGGUUUAAUUUGAUUUUGUCAAAAAUAUCAA